AUGUGCUUAUUUUCAGCCCUAAAGGCUGCCGGCCUCUCGGCCACAAUGCUCACCAGGCGGAAGAGCAGCGGCGAGCCGACCAAUGGAUCUCAGACCCAGAAUGAUCUCCUUAAAGAACUGGUUAAAUUUUCUUGUUUAUUAUCUAUGGUUUCUGUUUGUAUGAACACCCCGCAGACGUUGUUGUUGUGGGGCCCGUUGAAUUGGGUCAUAUUUUCGGCCGACUGUCUCGUUACGCUAAUAUUCACGAUUGAAGCGCUUGUUUAUAUACAUCAUAAUGGGCUCUGUGAUAAUCCCAAAGCCUACCUCCGUGACCGGUGGUGUCGCUUUGAUUUGUUUUUGCUGUUGAUGCACUAUGCAUCACUUGGGCUGCAUGGAUACCAGAUUGUUUGUAUCCAUUUUCCGGCGACCGGAUUACGGUACCAAACGUGGUAUGGUGUCAUCCGAUCGCCACGCCCAUUCAUCACCGUCCGCUUUAUCCGUUCAAUUAUUCAAUUUAAAUUGCCGAAAAAUCGAAUCCAGCAAAUUAUCAAACGUUCCUCACAACAAAUCCAAAAUGUCACCAUUUUCUUCCUAUUUUUUAUGGCACUCUACGCUAUAAUGGGAGUACAGCUUUUCGGACGUAUGGAUUAUCAUUGUGUUCUACCCGGAACCGACCCGAAAAAUGUGACAAUCUCUGAUUUGGCCAUCCCGGAUACAAUGUGCUCAAAGAAAGGAGGCGGUGGCUACGAAUGCCCGGAACAUAUGGAAUGUAUGAAGCUGGAUAUGAGCGCCCAUGCGGAGGGAUUUUAUGGAAUGUUUAAUGAUUUUGCUUCUUCCCUAUUCACCGUCUACAUGGCUGCUUCACAAGAAGGUUGGGUCUACGUGCUCUACGACUGCUUGGACACGCUGCCAAGUUAUGUGGCGUUUUUCUAUUUUGUGACCCUGAUUUUCUUCCUGGCUUGGCUGGUCAAGAACGUUUUCAUCGCCGUUAUCACCGAGACUUUUGCUGAGAUUCGUGUCCAAUUCAGUGAAAUGUGGCAAAGCCGGGAAGUGACAGCGGAGGAUACUUACACACAGAAACUAGAAAGAGGAACCGACGGUUGGCAACUCGUGGAUGUUGAUCAAUAUGCACGAACUGGAAAUACCCCAGAGCUACUUCAUACGAUGGUAACCUCAACAUCAUUCCAAAUCGGUGCUAUGGGCCUUGUCCUCAUCAACGCUCUAGUCAAUGCGUCAUUUGUAUACUACCACGAUGAAUCUGACAAAAUCCGAAAAGAAAUUUAUUAUUAUGUCGAGAUCUUCUUCACCGGUUUAUUCAACUUUGAAUUAUUCCUGAAAUUGAUCGGCUACGGCUGGAAGCCAUUCAUCAGAAGAGGCCAGCACAAAUUUGAAGUGUUUCGAGUAGUGCGUUUGAUCAAAGCCUCGCCCAUGUUGGAGGAUUUCGUAUAUAAGAUCUUUGGACCAGGCAAAAAGUUGGGGGGAUUGGUCGUCUUCACUAUGGUGUUACUGGCGUUUAUGACGAUGUUCCAAAUUAUCACGCAAGAGGGUUGGACGGAUGUGGUCGUCGAAAUUCUACGAACAACCAAUGAAAGUAUGGUGCCAUUUGUGGCCAUAUAUUUCGUUGGGUAUCACUUGCUGGUGACGCUGAUUGUGCUCUCCCUUUUCGUCGCCGUCAUUCUCGAUAACUUGGAAAUGGACGAAGAGUUGAAAAAAGUGAAGCAGUUGAAAGCUAGGGAAGAGAACUCAAUGCGAACAACGUUACCAUGGAGAUUGCGAGUUUUCGAUCAAUUCCCUACUCGACCACAAAUGGUGUCACUGAAAAAAGCUCAUGGAGAAUUUCCACUGCCAAAAAUCCGUCACUCGUUCACAAGACAAUUUGCUGAUGAACCGGAAGAAACAACGAUAACUGAAGAUAAUGAAGAAAUAAUGAUAGAAGGUGAUGACUGCUCAAAGAGACUGAUGGCCUCAAAUAUCUACAGUCAAGCAACCCAUCGCCAUUUGCGGUUACGCCAUAUCGGUCGUAUAUCGGAGCGGAACAUUGUUAAUAGGAUCCUUGAGUGGGUUAUCCUCUACAUU